GGCAGAUUUCUCUACCAGUCUUCAGAGCAAGUGUGUGCAGAGUGAAAGCAGGAAAAUGUGUAGCCGAAUUGAACAUCCUGCUGGUGGCUACAAGAAGAUAUUUGAAACGGUGGAGGAGCUUGCUGAGCCAUUGCCAGCUGUGGUUACAGGGGUAAUUCCUCCCUGGUUAAAGGGCAGUCUGCUUAGGUUGGGGCCUGGUCUCUUCGAGAUUGGUGAGGAGCAGUUCUAUCAUCUGUUUGAUGGACAGGCCCUCUUUCACAAGUUUGAUUUAAAAAACGGAGCAGUCACCUACCACCGAAAAUUUGUCCGAACUGAUGCCUAUGUGAGAAUGACUGAGAACAGGAUUGUCAUCACUGAGUUUGGCACCUUUGCUUUCCCUGACCCAUGCAAGAACAUCUUUUCCAGGUUUUUCUCCUAUUUUAAAGGUGUGGAAGUGACAGACAACGCACUGGUCAAUGUGUACCCUGUAGGGGAAGAUUUCUAUGCCUGCACAGAAACCAACUACAUUACAAAAGUCAACCCAGAGACUCUGGAAACAAUCUCAAAGGUGGAUCUGUGCAACUAUGUCUCCAUCAAUGGAGUGACUGCUCAUCCCCACAUUGAGAAUGACGGCACUGUUAAUAUUGGAAACUGCUUUGGGAAAGGCUGUUCAAUUGCCUACAAUCUGGUCAAGAUCCCACCCACCCAGAAAGACAAAGUGGAUCCACUGGAGAGGAUGAAGGUGGUUGUGCAGUUUCCCUGCAGUGACAGAUUCAAGCCCUCUAUUAUUCACAGUUUUGGAAUGUCAGAAAACUAUUUUGUGCUUGUGGAGACGCCGGUGAAGAUCAACCUGCUGAAGUUUUUGUCUGCGUGGAGUAUUCGAGGAGCCAACUACAUGGACUGCUUUGAAUCCAAUGAAACAAUGGGGGUAAGAAACCCUUUUGAAUUCCCACAGAUCAACUAUAAGAAAUUUUCCAUGAAAAAGUACACUUAUGCAUAUGCACUGGGACUGAACCACUUUAUUCCAGAUAGGAUUUGCAAGCUGAAUGUAAAGACCAAGGAGACCUGGGUAUGGCAGGAGCCGGACUCAUACCCUUCUGAGCCCAUUUUUGUGGCCACUCCUAAUGCUGUAGAUGAGGAUGAUGGGGUCAUAUUGACAGUAGUAGUGACUCCUGGUGCUGGGCAGAGACCAGCAUACCUUCUGAUUCUAAAUGCCAAGGACCUGACUGAAGUGGCCCGGGCUGAAGUGGAAACCAUUAUUCCUGUCACAUUUCAUGGAAUGUAUAAGCCAUAGGAAGACAAAGAAACACAGGAACUACAAUGGCAAUGGUGUGAGUUGGCUCCAGUAGACAAAACCAUGUUAAUGUAUUUCUGCUUCCUCAUGAUUUAAUGCAGAUUGUAAAAUGUUUCUAGUCUGUUCAACUGCAAUUGAACCUGCAUGUGAAUGUGGUGCCGUAAGCCUGAACUUAGGGGACAUCCACUUCAGAGCAAAGGGGGACUAUAGCCUAUAGGACUGAUUUAAAAUGACAAUGAGUUAAAUGAAAGUUAGAAUGCUAGUUAGAAUGGACUGUUUUGUACUGUGCAUUUUUUUGAUGUUUAGGUAUUGUAAGAAAACUAAAGGAAAAUGUUUCAGUUAUACUGCUGCUCUGCAUAUAAAAAGUAUAUACUGUAUAUUUUUUUCUGAACAAAAUAUAUCUUCAGAAUUGCAUUAUAAUUACUGGUGAUUUUUUUAGAAUUGCAAUAUAAAAACGACUUAAGUUUACUGUCAUCUUCUCUUGUUUUAUUCACUUGCUUGCCAUUUUUCUCAAUGUUGUGAACUUCUGUUGUGAGCUGUUGUGAGCUGUUCAAAGGUAUCCUGUAACCCAAGUUGCAAUAUUUUAGGUAAAACAGCAUUCUUUGUAUAGUACGGUGUUGUAUUUAAAUUGAAAAUGUAGAGUGUUAGUAAAAAUGUAAGUCUUGGAUGAAUGUUGACCAUUCCAGAAACAUAACGCAAAUCAGUGUAUGUCUAAAUUAAAUUCUUUAAACUCA